UGCAACGCUGUGUCCGUUCCCCGUUUUUGCGACGCCUCCAUGGCGAUUGGGGCUCCGGGCAAUUUGGGAGGCCGGCGGCGGUCGAGAAUUCUGCUGGGGAAGGUGUUGGCUGUGGCUGUUUGGGCCACGGUGACGCCCUCUCUGAACUUCGCGGGCGCUGUGUCAAGAUGGCAGGUGGCGUGUCCGUUCGGCCGCGGUCGCAUGGCCCUGGAGGCCUACUCCGACAUGAAGGUCGGGGAGCUGAAAGCUUUGCUAAAGGAGCGAGGCCUGAAAGUCGGCGGCCUCAAGGCCGAGCUCGUGGCCCGCCUAGAGGAGAGCGACGGCGACGUUGUCGACGUUGAGGAAGACGAUGAAGUGGAGGAGGAGGAGGCACCCAGUCCGCCACCGAAGGCGGCGCAAAAAAAGACCGGCCCCGCGGAAUACAAGGCAGGGCAACUGGCCCUGGCCAAAUUCCACGACGAUGGCCGCUACUACAGCGUGAAGCUGAAGAAGGACAACGGCGACGGGAGCUUCGACAUCGUGUGGUUGGAGGAUGAAGCCGAAGACACGGCAAACUUGGAAGAUCUGAAGCCACAAUUGAAGGACUUCAAAAAGGGAGAUUUGGUGUUGGCCAAAUGUGCGGAGGAUGGUAGGAGAUACACUGCUCUGGUUCAGGAGAACAAGGGCGAAGGCUACGUCACGGUGCAGUACAUCGAAGACGAGAGCGAGGAGGAGGUGUUGAUUGACAACGUUGUGAAGCAGAUGAAGAAGUUCAAAAAGGGCCAGAAGGUGGAAGCCAAAUUCCCGGAUGACGGUGAGUUCUAUGCGGCCACGGUAAAAGAUGACCUUGGAAAGGGAAAGUAUCUCAUUGAGUGGGAAGACCCCGAUGGAAGCGAUCCAGAAUCCGAGAUGCUGGUGGAUGACAUCCAAAGACCCAGGGUCAAUAUCGACACCUUCGAGAUUGGGCAGAAGCUGAUAGGAGAAGUGAGACGGGUGGUGCCCUUUGGCGCCUUCGUAGAUGUGGGUGCCUACACCGACGGCCUGGUCCAUGUGUCCAAGAUCUCCAACGAGCGGAUCGAAAACCCCGAGGACUACGUGUCAGAGGAAGACGAGAUCACCGUCUGGGUGAACAGUAUCGAUACGGAGCAGAAUCGGCUAGGCUUGACGAUGGUUGAAAGCAAAUUGGGCGGCCGCGGCGGCAUGCGGAGCAGAGAGGUGACUCACCCCUUCGCUGAUCUCCAGGUGGGUGAUGAGCUGGAGGGCAUCGUGGAAGGUGUCAGGGACUUCGGCGCCUUCGUGGACGUGGGCUCGGAGCGCUCGGGGCUGGUGCACAUCUCGCGGAUAAGCGAUGGCUUUGUGGACAAUCCACACGAUUUCGCCGCUGAGGGUCAAAAGGUCACUGUUUGGGUGAGCUCCGUGGAUGAUGGACGCUUGGGACUUACCAUGGUGAAAAGCAGGCUCUGAUCGCGAUAGCACGCACGGAACGUCGCGAUUUUGAUCCUCAGCGAGCGCAGCUAGCGUCCGACGUGAAAAGAACGAAACGAAAAAGGCAGAAAAACGGCGGCGGAAGAAGGAACCUCC